AUGGGUGGCACGAGUGCACAUUCUAUACUUCACGGCCUCCUCGACAGCGCCAACACCAGCCACCGCAGCCCGCCACCGCCCACCAGUCUCAAGGCCUUAACUACCGUAAUACUUAAUCAUGUCCGCUUCGGUGGCCUCGCAAAAGCCGUCUCCAUUCUUUACUCCUCCACCCUGACCUUGCCUUUUUCUCUCUACGCCCACCUUUUUCAAAUUUGUGUUUCACAAAAAGCCAUUGUCGAGAUACGGAAACUCGAAUCUCACCUAAUCAUGUGGAAUCCGAAUCCACCUAUCUUUUUGCUUAAUAGGGCAAUAGAGGGUUAUGGUAAGUGUGGCUGUCUGGAUGAUGCCAAGGAACUGUUUGACCAAAUGCCUAAAAGAGAUGGUGGGUCAUGGAAUUCAAUGAUUACUGCGUAUUCACAGAAUGGGAAGGCGGAGGAAGCUCUAGGUUUGUUUUCAAGGAUGAGGAGGGAAGGAGUUUUUGCGAGUGAGGUUACUUUUGCGAGCGUCCUUGCGUCAUGUGGCACCUUGUUGGAGCUGUGGCUAUCGGGGCAAGUGCAUGGGCUUGUUGUGAAAUAUGGGUUUUGUGGGAAUGUUAUUUUGGAGAGCUCGCUUGUGGAUGUAUAUGGGAAAUGUGGCAAGAUAAGUGAAGCGAGGAGGAUGUUCGAUGAGAUUGAUAAUCCGAACGAUGUCUCGUGGAAUGUGAUUGUUAGGAGGUAUUUUGAGAUGGAUGAGGGAAAUGAGGCAGUGAAGAUGUUUUUGAAAAUGAUUAGGAUGAAUGUGAGGCCGUUGAGUUUUACUGUGUCCAAUGUCCUUCGUGCUUGUUCGAGUUUUCAAGGACUUAAGGAAGGGAAUCAAAUUCAUGGAUUUAGUAUCAAGAUUAAUGUGGAAGAGGAUGAGGAGGUAACAAAUACUCUCAUUAGCAUGUACGCAAAGAGCGGAGAUUUGGCAGGUGCCAGGACAGUCUUCGACCUAUCUUGUUUCCGAAAUUUAAUUAGUUGGACGGCAAUGGUGUCUGGGUAUGCGAGGAGUGGGCAAACGAGGGAGGCCAGGGAGCUUUUCAAUCAGAUGCCAGAGAGAAAUGUGAUAUCAUGGAAUGCGAUGCUGGCGGGUUAUGUGGGCUCCUUUGAGUGGGACAAAGCAUUAGACUUUGUUAUUUUGAUGCGUAAACGGACUAAGGACAUCGAUCAUGUCACUCUCGGGUUAAUUUUGAACAUAUGUGCUGCAAUUCCAGAUGUUGAAUUGGGGAAACAGGUUCAUGGAUAUAUCUAUAGGCAUGGUUUCUAUUUCAAUCUCUUUGUGGCAAAUGCACUUCUCGACAUGUAUGGAAAGUGCGGUAAUUUGAGAAGUGCUAGAGUUUGGUUCUGUGAGAUGAGCCAUUUGCGAAAUAAUGUUUCAUGGAAUGCUUUAUUGACAAGCUAUGCUCGUCAUGGAAUGAGUGAACAAGCCAUGAUGAUUUUUUGGAAAAUGUUAGAAGAGACAACGCCAAGCAUAUAUACCUUUGGAACAAUUUUGGCUGCUUGUGCAAAUAUAUUUGCACUUGAGAUAGGUAAACAGGUUCACGCAUUUAUGAUUAGAAAUGGUUACGAUAUGGAUGCUGUGGUAAGAGGAGCUUUAGUUGAUAUGUACUCCAAAUGUCGUUGUACUGAGUAUGCUCUCAAAGUUUUUGACGAGGCUACUUCAAAGGACGUGAUACUUUGGAAUUCCAUGAUUUUGGGUUGUUCACAUAAUGGAAGGGGUGACAAAGUACUCGAAUUGUUUGCAUCUAUGGAGGUGCAAGGUGCUAAGCCAGACCAUGUCACCUUUCAAGGAAUCUUGCUUGCUUGUAUUUCCGAAGGCCGGAUUGAGUUGGGUCAGCAGUUUUUCAAAUCGAUGACUGAUAAACACUGUCUGAUACCUCGUUUGGAGCAUUAUGAAUCCAUGAUUGAGCUAUACGGUCAGUAUGGAUGUAUAGAUGAGCUUGAUCAUUUUAUAAAUGAGAUGCCAUUUGAGCCCACUGCCCCUAUGUUGAUCAAAGUUUUUGAUUACAGUCGAAAAUAUAGGCGCUUGAAGCUGGGAGAAUGGGCUGCUGAUCAACUUAAUAAAUUAAAUCCUCCUGUUCCAUUCCAAUUCGAAAUCAUUGACAACAAAUGA